AUGGGUGGGACGAAGAAGAAGGCCGCGGCGCCCAUCAAGAAGGAGAGCAAGUACAAGAUCCCGACGCGGUUUGACUGCCCGCUGUGUGAUGCGAAGAACUCUAUCGCAGUGCGGCUUGUGCGCAACACAGGAUCCGCCAGACUACACUGCCGCUCCUGUCGUGCCGGCUCCGGCAAGGAGUACCCGUUCCUUCCGCUGGAGAAGCCCGUCGAUGUCUUCUUCCGCUUCCGCGAGGAGUUGUUACAGCAGGACCGUGAAUUUCUGCAGGAACACAACAUUGAUGUGGACACAGCAACAGCACGGGCGGGGUUGAUGCAGCUUGUGCCCAAACCCCCAGCGGCCUCGCGCAUCGACGACAGGGACGCGGGUGGCGUCUCUGCCAUGCACCGCAUCGAGUUGGAGGACGAAGAGGACGACGGGACGUACUUCUUCCAGCCAGCCGCAUCAGGGGAGGACGAAGAGGUGGACGAUUUUGCGUUCUAG